AUGCUCCACACUGGUGCGGACCCAGCGAAAGAACCUGUCGAAUCGAAGGCUAACGGUGUAAACCCUACGGAGAUGCAGGUCCAGCUGACGGCAACGUGUCAUCAAACAGAAACGAGGGCUGGAAUGCCAAUUACCCAGACUCUCUUUGUGGUCACUUACCCCGUAGCAGAAUCCUCCUCGAAGACCUCUCAGGUUUCCUCAACGUACGUUCGCAGGAAGGCACGGACGGAUUCAGGCAUACUGAGCAAUUACAGUCUCUCGUCUAGUGAAGUAAAUGAGUUCUGUGUGUCCCCUACACUGAGCAGUCGAUCCGUCAAUUCAUCCUCCUUUUCUUCGCCUAAAUUCGACACCAGCACAGGCAAAUCUUCCCUCAUCUAUCCGACACAAGGCGGCAAGAACGCAGUACCUGAGCCAGAUGCUAGGCAUGAAAUGUUCAAACUCUAUCCCCAUCUUCUGUCGACAAAGGAACUGGAUUCUAUUUACCCUCUGCAGACCUCUUCCACUCCGGAGGGCAGUGUUGCUGACUUCCCGCAGACUAGUGUUAACCAAGCUCAGAGCCCGUUCAGCGGAGUGACCGGCCUUCAGGAAACCCAUUUUCCAGACGCGGCCGGUGAAUUUAACUACGCCGACGCUGACUGGGACCAGCCCCAUGUUGUAAAGUCUUACCACCAUGAAGUCUUCGCGCCUCCCCCAUUCAGCGAAGUGGCCAAAAAUGGCGUCCUGCCAGGCGUUACCAAAAAGUCUUCCAACAGCACUUCCAACGGGGAGCCCUUCAUACAGCCAGUAAUUAUACCUCCCGUUAGAGCACAGCAGCAAUUUCAAACAGCACCAGCCGUAGCGACAGCUAUUUCCCCAAUAAAAAACGAUCGCGAGCCUGACGCUUUUACUGACAGCAACCAACAAAUCGAUCCCCACCAAGAUGGAAAGCCGGCUUCUUGCUUCCAGGGGCUGGAAAACUCCCCGGACUGUCAGGCAAGCGGUGAGAAAUAUCCAGGUGUUUCUGAACAGAAGACGCCCUGCAUCAUGAAUCCCAACUCGUAUACUUCCUUGACACCAGAUUCAGAGGAUGAACAGACAGUUGAUGAAAUAUCUGACCGUGAGCUUUUCUCGGAGCCCAGCUCGUUCCAAGGAAACAACAAGAUUGUCCAGCCUGACGACGAAGGCCUCAACAGUGUCAAUUCCAUGGGAGAUACGGGUACCACGGGCGUGCUCGUGAAUAAAGUUGAGUGUUCGCCUACCUUCGCGAAACCCCCUACAAAUGUUGAAAACAAUGGCCUUCCUAGCUUUACCAAAGAUGAUAUAAUCCUUUCACCCAGGCAAGAGUCCCAAAACCUCGCAAAAAGUGGCCCCACUACUGGUCAAACGGACGCACAUAUAUUAGAUAGCACAAGAAACGGAGUUGCUGAGAGCUCUGAAGUUCCACUACAAAGCUCAGAUGGCAGGAACCACGGACAGAUAAAGCCAGAAAACAGUUCUGUGAGAGCUUUUCCGGCCGAACAAUCUGUCUGUUCUCCUAUCACAGCCCAUCUGGAAAGCACAAUAUGCCCAGAGUCGACCUCAAACCUCGCCGCCCAGCAAUCAGUACCUGACAAAUCCACUACCUUGUCUGCUGACAGCGAUGCCCAGUCUGAAAGCGCGUCCACAGCGAGUUCAGAUCCACCAACACAAAUUUCCAGAGCCGCCUCGGAAUACGAUCUCCAAACAGCAAACUUCUACCUUAGAGAGCAUCAGCAUCCACCCUCAGACUUUGCUAGCAAUGGCGGAAUCGCGAACGCAACCUUUCCACGAAUGAAAACAGGAAGAUUUGCCGCUAUCCCAAGGCCGUCGCCCAGUAUUUUGCGACUAGUGGAGACUGCCUAUGAGUCCUAUGAACGGUUUCCAAGCCUGGGACUGCCAUAUUCUGAGGAGCAGUCUAGGAUAGAUGCGAAGCGUUGCAUUCUGAUGGUAAACGUGAAGUUAUUUUGCCCUUACACACUGAUGCGCGUUUUGUUUAAGAAAACGAAAUGA